CGCGACUAGAGCCGUAAAUAGACAGCCAAGAUCUGCGCCGGCCGGUCAGCCAAACCUUGGCCACCCAGAUAUCACCGAGCCGCAGGACCCUCGGUAUCGAUUCACGGAACGCAAUAGAGCUCCUUUUAGAGAACGCUGUAGCCCGUUAUACAUCGCAGGAUGAAGUUUGUGUAUUACUGCUCAGGUCACGGAUACGGACAUGCAACGCGUGUCUCUGCGUUUGCUUCUCACCUGUUGCGACUGACCCCGCAACCAGUCGUGCACAUUGUGUCCUCGGCCCCAAAGCACGUGUUCGCGGACAGCAUAGCUCUGGGAGCUUUGUAUCGAAACGCAGACAUAGAUCCUGUCAUCGUGCAGCCACUAGCUUAUCGAGUAGAUCGCGUCAAGAGCAUAGAGGUCCUCAAAGAUUUCUUGGAGAAAACUCCGCAGAAGAUCAAAAAUGAGGCGAAUUGGCUGCGGGUCGUUGGGGCGGACUGUGUUUUGAGCGAUGCAGCCUUUCUUGGUUGUGCUGCGGCGAAUACUGUGGGCAUACCGUCGGUGCUGAUUACCAACUUUACCUUCGAUUCAGUAUACAGCUACCUGUCUACGCUCAUCAUCGACGAGACAGAUGCAAAGGACCAGCUCGUCAAUGCUUUGAAAACCCAUACAUCGCCCCAUCCACCGUUGCCACUAGAUGUUCCGCUGCUCAGACAUGAAGUAGAGCCCUUGGUUCGACACCUAUGGGAAGGCUAUCGGUGUGCCGACUUGCUACUACGUUUACCAGGAGCAAUCCCAAUACCCUCAUUCACGGAACAACCUCUACUACCAUCUCCUGACUGGGUAGACGUCCAAACACGACGAUUUACACCAGCGAUAUUUGGUCACUUAUACCAAGACACCUCACAUCAUACUCUCCUCAAUCAGAUGCCAUUCCCAUGCACAUACCCACCAAAGGCGAUCUCCAGAGCUGUAAUCUCUGCUCCACUCCUUGUCCGGUCACCCCACCCGGCUGUGUACACCAGCGGGGGCCGCCAGCACUUGUUGGACUCCGUCGGCGUCCCACGUCACCUCCAGGAUGACCCAAGCAUAAAGAUUCUUAUUGUCUCCUUCGGCGGGCAGGUCUUCCACAAACCGUCACACAGCCGGACACACAGCCGCUCGUCUUCGCGCUUGCACACGCCUGACCCGUCCAUCCUCGGGCCGUCCAAACAGAUAAACGUCGCGCUUCAUACCCAUUCUUCUUAUAGCCCUGUUAUGGACGUCGCUGACAUCAAGAAGGGCAUGCCACCGGAACCUGUGAGCGCCGCCGCCGGCGUCGAAACCCUCGUAAAUGCGCUGGAAACCAAUAGACAUGCACCACGCCGCUCUGGAUCGCUAAGAGUACGCCUCGAGCGCAAGCGCAGUGGAUCGCUGCUCAUGAUACCCGGCGCGCCCGCGGCGUCCGUCCCGACCUCGCCUGUCGCGGCCACCGUGCCCACCUUUCCGUCCGUGUUCCCGCCGGCGCCGACUAUUGACGAGGUGACUGAGAAUCCCUUCGGGCAAGCUGCGACGCCCGAGGAAGAGUACAAAUAUGACGUGUUUGGUACCCUCCUACCGGACGAGAGCUGGAUCGCGAUCGUAUGCGGUGUUCCGAAGGACUGGGCGGAGGACGGCGAGGCGUUGCCGGAUAACUUCUUCGUGGCGCCGAAGGACGUGUACAUGCCCGAUUUGACGGCUGUCGCAGACGUUCUGCUUGGCAAGCUGGUGAGCCUGGCCUUU